GGACCUCCCUACCAGGGGUAGCGCCCGAUAUUUUUUCAUGUCAACAAAAAGGAACAGACUUAGAAGUGAAAGGUGACGAUGAUGCGUUGUUAAGUCUCUGCUGUCAAAAUGUCUGGACACGAUCAGCUGGUUCACUGUCUAUGUGAAUUGACAAGGUUGUUAUGGAGGCUGCUGCUGCCACUGCUCUUCCUUUGUGUGGUGCUGCUCUCAAUCCUGGUCCUGCUGGUGCUCGCGGUGCGUCUCUGGAUGCAGAACAAUAGAAAUGCCCGCCGCACCAGAGACGGACGUCCCACAGUAGCUUUCUUCCACCCUUACUGUAAUGCUGGCGGUGGCGGAGAGAGGGUACUGUGGUGUGCCAUCAGGGCCAUUCAGAACAGGUACACGGACAUCAACAUUUUGGUGUACACAGGGGACGUUGGUGUGACGGGCCAGCAGAUUCUCGACGGAGCGCGGCUUCGCUUUAAUAUUGUCCUGCCUCGACCGGUUCACUUCGUCUUCCUAAGACACCGGCUACUUGUGGAGCCUCACCUGUUUCCUCACUUUACCCUGCUGGGACAGAGCAUGGGCUCCAUCUUUCUAGGAUGGGAGGCACUCACGGAGUUUGUCCCAGACAUUUACAUCGAUUCAAUGGGCUACGCUUUUACUCUUCCCCUGUUCCGUUACCUUGGUGGCUGUAGUGUGGGGAGCUACGUUCACUACCCCACUAUCAGCACAGACAUGCUGUCUGUAGUGAGAGAGAGGAACCCAAGGUUCAACAACGCGGACUACGUCACCAACAGUCUGCUCCUCAGCGCCUUCAAAGUUCUCUACUACUGCGUGUUCGCCCUGCUCUACGGCAUGGCCGGCUCCUGCAGCGACCUCAUCAUGGUCAACUCCUCCUGGACUCUCGACCACAUCCUGUCUUUGUGGCGUGCUCCUAACCGCACCAGCGUGGUGUACCCUCCCUGUGAUGUCAGCGCCUUCUUGGACAUCCAGCUAGAAGACGACGGCGACCGAAAGAGCCACUCCAUCGUUUCCAUCGGGCAGUUCAGGCCAGAGAAGGACCAUCAGCUGCAGAUCAGAGCAUUCAAGAAGGUGCUGGACAAGAGGAGAGCGGGCCUAGGGGGCGGCGGGGCCCUGACGUUGGUUUUGGUUGGUGGCUGUAGGAACCAGGAAGAUGAGGACAGGGUUCUUAUGUUGAGGGGACUGUGCCAUGAGCUGGGGGUAGGAGACAAGGUGGAGUUUAAAGUGAACGUGUCCUUUGAGGAGCUGAAGAGGGAGAUGGGUGAAGCUACCAUCGGUCUACACACUAUGUGGAAUGAACACUUUGGAAUAGGCGUCGUGGAGUGUAUGGCAGCAGGGAAGGUGGUUCUGGCCCACAAGUCUGGAGGCCCAAAGCUGGACAUCGUGGUACCUUUUGAGGGCGGUCAGACUGGGUUCCUGGCCGAUGACGAGGAAAGCUAUGCAGAGGCCAUAGAGAAAAUCCUGGCUCUUCCGUCCUCCAGCCGUCUGCAGAUCAGACUGAACGCCCGUCGCUCUGUGGAACGAUUCUCCGAUCAGGAGUUUGAAGCUUGUUUCCUCGCUGCUAUAGAGCCACUGAUGGGAACGUUGGAGCGAUGAGGAGAGGACUGUUUUUCUUUGUCUGUGUUUGUGCAUGUACAGUUGAUGUGACGUUUCCUGGGCUGUGGUCACACGUGAGUGAAGAGGAGACAGCGUUUACUCACAGGCUCAUGUUGUUGAUGUGUCAAUGCAGUACUGACAUUCUUCCAAGCUGUCACUGGUUUACUCUCCAAAACAGAGUGGUUUUAAGAUUAAAAGGCAGGAAGAGCUCACACAGCAUGGAUGCAAGGAUGUUAGCCACUGAAAGGAAGGCAAGAAAUAACAUGUCCACAUUAAUAUACGUCCACCUAAGUUUUAGAUCUUAUGAAAAUACUCAGCACUUUGUGUCAACAUUAGACCAGUGUUUCUCAGUGGAAACUGGUUUAUUUUUUUCCCCAGUACUCCACCAAAUCCAAUAAAGAAAAUGAUAAUUUAAGAAAAUUAAUUUAAUUUAAGAAAAUUUAGCCACACUAGAACCCAAAAGCUGUUGGUCAACUGCUGUCUUCUUAAAAAAAAAGUUUGGGUCACAAAGGUCACUUUGAAUUAUUAUAAUUAGCACAUGUGAACGUUUGCAACAGUGAAGAUAUAAUUCCUGUUUGCUGUGAUGUAAAAUUCCUUUCACAGAUUUCCUCUGAAAAACCACGGAAUUUACAAACCUAUAAUAAUAAUUAAACCAAAUUCAAAAAACAUGUCCAACCAUCAGGUCAGGACAUGAGUCAGGUUUCAUGAAUGUAAGGAGAUUUGAAUGAUGUUUGUUUGGGGAGUUCAGUGGGUAAAACAGGAAAUAUCGUGUCCUUACUUUUACAAAACCCUGAUCCAAGACUGACGUCUAAGACUGACAGUUUUUGUUACAUGUUUGUCAAUGGUUCAAACUGUAGGUGUACAGUCACAUGUCUGAUUGUGUUUGUUUACAGACAUUAGUUUGUCCGUAGUUCCACUUUUGUAGACGUGAUGAUAUUAUGAUAAUAAAUAUAGGGAACAAGUUGAUGACGGUGUUCUGAAGUCCACAUUUCCAGAGUGUGUAGUAUUUUUGAUAUCAAUCAUGAAAAUAAUAAAGAUGUGAUGGCAAUACAA